AUGGUUGAUGAUAAGAGUAGCCGGAUUGUAGGCGAUAGCACAACCUCCAGCGUACCUAUCGUGCCAAAUAUCAGCUCGAAUCGAUUGCAUGUCAUCAUUGCUGGACUAUGGCUUUGUCUUUUCUUGUCAGCUUUGGACACCACCAUCGUCACGACCGCGCUCAUCAAGAUCUCGAGCGACUUCGACGCUCUUGAGCAAGCAACAUGGCUCAUUACCGCGUAUCUACUAACCUAUAACUCGUUCUUGAUGAUCACAGCCAAACUGAGCGACGUCUGGGGCCUCAAGAGCCUGCUCUUGCUUUGCGCGUCGGUGUUCCUGAUAUUCUCCAUGGCUUGCGGUGGGGCGCAGACAAUGACCCAGCUUAUCGUCUUCCGCGCCUUCCAAGGUAUUGGAGGAUCCGGUCUUUACAGCUUGACGUUCGUGUGCAUCAUGAAGAUGAUUGUACCCGAGAAGAUUGGCUUCUACUCUGGUGUUAUAAGCUCGGUAUUUGCUUUGGCAAACCUGCUAGGACCUUUACUUGGUGGAAUCAUCGCUGAUCGGGCAAGUUGGAGAUGGAUUUUCUUCAUGAAUGGUCCCAUCAUCGGUAUCGCAAUGGCAAUGCUAUUCUUCUCGAUGCCUGCAUUUGACGACGGUAGAACGAAUCUACAGCGGAUACAGCAGCUGGAUAUCUACGGAGGCAUCUUGUCGGUCUGUUGGCAUAUACCACUCAUCUUUGCCUUUCAGGAGGUCGGAGUGUCACACUCGUGGGGUAGUGGCAUUGUCAUCGGACCGUUGGUAGCUGGGAUUGCUCUCAUGGUGCUUUUUGGCUUGUAUGAGUUUUGGAUAACGUCUCGGGAGCAAAGAGCUGCCAUCUUUCCCAUACAUUUUCUUCGAAAUACGCCCAUGGCAUUGACUUUGUUAAGCCAGUUCCUCCUGGGAUCCGCCUUUUACGUCGUUUUCGUCCAGCUCCCUCAACGCUUCCAAGGAGUGAACUUCACAAGCGCUGAGCGUGCCGGCAUCCUACUGCUUCCGGCGACCGUUGUCACCCCAAUUGGCGCCAUGGCAUCUGGACUAGCAGUGAAGAAGGCACCAGUUGAGAUUAUUUUGGUUUGUUCAACCGCAAUUGUAUGUGUCGGGACUGGGCUUCUUGGUAGUUUACCAACGUAUUCCCGCCUAUGGCCAGGACUAUAUGGUUACGAGAUCAUCGCUGGUAUUGCUUUGGGUCUUGCAAGUCCUCCAUAUUUUGUGCUCGUCGCUACCUCGAUCCAAGAAAAGGACAUUGCUGUCGGUACUGGCGCACUUAACAUGGUACGCACACUCGGAGGCUGCGUCGCCGUCGCUAUCUGCUCCGCAAUACAUCGCGAGCACUUGGAUAAAAAACUAUCCGAUUUCUUGAGUCCCGAGGAAAUCCGCGGGAUGCAAAGUUCGACGUCGACGAUUGCGCGAUUACCGGCCGAUGUGAGAGAUCGAGUUGGUAUCGUUUUUGGUGGUAGUUACAAUAGGCAGUUCCAAGUCACGUUGGCCUUUACUGGACUCAAUGUAGUUGUCGCAGUCAUCUUGGCCAUGGUGAGAAAGAGAUCAGGCUUAUUUGGUCUAACACCUAAGAGGAAAGAAGGAAACGAGUUCAUGGAGGCUAAAGAUGGCCAUGGUGAGGCCGCAGCGCCAAAUCAAGAGACUUCCGGAAAGCAGCUUCCUAAAGACAAAGCCCUUCUCCGCAAACUCGACCUCCGACUAAUCCCAUGGCUCUCCUUCCUCUACCUCAUCUCCUUCCUGGACCGCACAAAUAUCGGUAACGCCAAAGUUGACGGCCUGCAAGAAGACCUCAACAUGACGAACAGCCAGUACAACUCCAGUCUAACAAUCUUCUUCGUCAGUUACUCAGUGUUUGAGCCACUGACGAAUGUGCUCUUGAAGAAGUUACGACCAAGUAUCUUCUUGCCGCUAAUUAUGAUUUGGUGGGGAAUUUGUAUGACGUGCAUGGGUUUAGUGCAUAACUAUGCCGGUUUGAUGACUGCACGCUGGUGGCUUGGGUGCGCUGAAGCAGGGCUUUUCCCAGGUGUAAACUACUAUCUGAGUUGUUGGUAUAAACGAUCCGAAUUCGGCAUCCGAGCUGCUAUCUUCUUCUCGGCUGCAGCGCUGGCUGGUAGUUUCGGUGGAUUGCUAGCAGCUGGCAUUGCGCAAAUGGGAGGUGUAGGGGGAAAACCAGGUUGGGCGUGGAUUUUCAUCCUCGAAGGUCUCGCCACCAUUUUCGUAGGAAUAGCAAGUUACUGGAUGGUCCAUGACUUCCCUGCCGAAGCCACAUUCCUUUCUCCUGACGACCGAGCUCGCGUCCUCCGCCGUCUACGGGCAGACAAGCAGGCCUCGGCUGCGCACGAAGACUUCCAAAUAAAGUACUUUUGGCAAUCGCUCAAGGAUUGGAAGACACUCAUGUUCAGUAUCAUCUACAUGGGCGCCGACGGGUCUCUUUACGCCUUCAGUCUUUUCUUACCAAGUAUUCUUGCUGGCAUGGGCUAUACCUCGACAACGGCGAAUCUGCUUUCUGUACCUCCGUAUGCGGUUGCAGCUGUCGUGACAGUGUUGGUCGGUUAUAUCGCCGAUCGUACGCAGCAGAGGGGGUACUGCAACAUGGGAGUUUCGCUUUUCGGUAUUGUGGGGUUUGCUAUGCUUCUUGGUUCCGGAAAUCCCAACGUUCAAUACGCUGGUACUUUCUUGGGAGCAAUCGGCAUCUAUCCAACGAUAGCAAACACGAUAUCCUGGGCGGCCAACAAUGUCGAAGGCGUGUACAAGCGCGGCGUCACCCUUGGUUGUGUGAUUGGCUGGGGCAACAUCAACGGCGUUGUUUCUUCGAACAUCUACCGCAGUAGGGAUAAGCCACGCUACUUUCUCGGCCACGGUGUUGUAUUGGCGUAUUUGACGUUGUGGCUGUUGGGUGGCAGUAUCGUGACGCGGUUCCUGCUCGCGUGGGAAAAUAAGAAGAGGAGACAAGGAGCAAGGGAUGUGUGGAUUGAGGGAAAGAGUGAAAAAGAGAUUGAGGAGAUGGGAGAUCAGAGGCCGGAUUUCUUAUAUACUCUUUGA